CCUUCAUGGGUGGGGGUGGGGAGUCUGGGGACGAACAGGGGGCGCCCGGUUGAGUCAUGACCAUCGGCACUGGGUGUUGCUGAGGGACUUCCCCCAAUUGCCAAGGCUUGCACAUAUAAACAGACCUGGGCGGAACACCAUCCCCCCAACUGUACCAUCGGAAUCUUCCUCCCGCUCCAUCACUUCCACUCAUUACCGACCACCCAGGGUCGUCACGCUUUACCGCCCCCUUCCUCAUCUUCACUUUUCCUUAAACUCAAACUCAUAACUCCGAGAUGAGGUUCGCCGCGUUGAUCACGUUGGCGACGGCCUCGCUCGUCACUGCUCUCCCGUCCAACUGGAAGCAUCUGUUCCACAAGCAGUUCUCGUCUGGCUCCCAGCUCGCACUGGAUCGCCCUGGCCAGGACACUGUGAAUGCGUGGAACAUCCAUACCCUUGCGGAGUUUCCCAACUACACCCUUCGCGUGAAGGAGGAGGUUCGCCUUUGUGACCCUGACGUGAAGCAGUAUGUCGGCUACGUUGACGUCGCUGGAAAGUCCGAUGACAAGCACUUCUUCUUCUGGUUCUUCGAGUCGCGUCGUGAUCCUGCCAAGGAUCCCUUUGUUUUGUGGUUGAACGGCGGUCCAGGAUGCUCAUCUAUGACCGGUCUCUUCAUGGAGCUUGGCCCAUGCCGAGUGGAUACUGGAGGCAAUGGCACCACAAACAACCCCGAUUCCUGGAACAACGAGGCCAAUUUGGUUUUCCUGGAUCAACCGAUCAAUGUUGGCUUCUCUUACACGGAUGGUGGAGACGAAGUGACCAACACGAUUGAUGCCGCCGACGAUGUCUACGCUUUCCUCCAACUAUUCCUGUCCAAGUACAACAAGUACAAGGACCUCGACUUCCACGUGACUGGUGAAUCUUACGCUGGACACUACGUCCCGGCCAUCGGCGCCAAGAUCGCUGAGGAGAACGAGGGUUUAAAGGGCAAGGGCAAGAAAACUGAGAAAUUGGAAAUCAAGCUCAAAGGAUUGGCUAUCGGCAACGGUUUGACCGACCCCUUGAACCAAUACGAGGCGUACGCUGACAUGGCCGCUGAUGACAAAUACGGCCCUAUCUUGGACGAAUCCGACAUCGAAAGCAUGCGUUCCAAAUGGCCAACCUGCAAGUCCCUCAUCAACUCGUGUUACAAGUACAACACCGCUCUUACUUGCGUUCCCGGAGCGAUUUACUGCAACAACGCCAUGAUCCAGCCCUUCCAGAAGACUGGCCUCAACAUCUACGACAUUCGUCACAAGUGCGACCCCAGCAACCCUCUUUGCUACUCCAUCCUUACGGACAUUGAGUCCUACCUCAACCGGCCCGACAUCCAGGAAAUCCUUCAGGUCGACAGGCAAUUCGAAGGAUGCAAGCAGAACAUCAACAUGCGUUUCAUGAUGGCUGGCGACUGGAUGCGUCCUUUCGUCCGCGUGAUCCCUCCUUUGCUCGCCAAGGGUAUCAAGGUCCUGAUCUACGCCGGUGAUGCCGACUUCAUUUGUAACUGGAUCGGAAACAAGGAUUGGGCUCUCGCGUUGGAGUGGGAUGGCGCCGAGGAGUUCCAGAAGGCCAAGGACAUUCCUUGGAUUUCCAAGUCGUCUGGAAAGCAGGCUGGUGAGAUCAGGACCCACGAUGGUUUCACCUUCCUUCGCGUGUACGAGGCUGGUCACAUGGUUCCCUACGACCAACCCAAGCACAGUAGCGAAAUGAUCAACACCUUCAUCAAGAUCGCCAAGAAAUGAAGGGUUGUAGUUGGUGGAUAGGGACAAUGUGUCGCAGAAGCCAAGUUACUCUGAUUAUACCGGUUUGUGUGUCGCACGAGGCACGAGCGGAGACCGCCCUGUCAUGUAGUCUGGACUUCUUCGAUCACGGGGAGGGGAUUGUACGGCAGGACAUUCUCCCAUUGUCUUGUAUUUGUGUUUCUGUAUCAAGGUGUUUCAUAGGUUUAUCCCAAAUCAGAUUCCUUUACUUUCUUGCGUGUGAACCGAAGACCGCCAGACUGGAUGGACGGAAAGUGAAGAGAGCUCAACGCUUGUUGCAGGAGACAUGAAACCGG